CGCUAAUGCACUUUCCUUGGUUCCUUAGUCCUUACUAGGAUUGUCGGCACGUGAUUAGGCGCCUCUUUCCCCUCAACGCGACACAACGCGUGGAAGCCGAUUUAGGAAUUGUGUAAACACUAAACAGGCAGAGGGAGCGUUUUCCAUCUCGUAUCAAUCCCACGUCAUAUCGUACUAGAACAUCGACAAUCAUGGCAACCACCGCCGAAUCCGAUAUUCGAAACCUUCGGGCCGAAAUUGAACGCCUGAGGAAGCGCCGCUCGUUACUCCGAACCGUCAUCCUAUCCGACAACAGUACCGUCCCGAGACUGACUCGGGCCACAUCUACUCUUCGGAAUGCGAAAUCCAAAGCCCGUGUAAGCAAGGCGUUGGAGCAGGCCGAUAAGCAGCAACGAAUCAAUACGGAGAACGUCUAUUACGCCGGUGUCGGAGUUACGCCCUUCAAUGUCCACGAUCCCGAUCCCAACGCGGUGGACGAUGGUGUUGUUCUCGGGUUGCGGAUCGAUAUAUUCGAUAAUGAGGAAGCCCGGUUUCCCGACCCAUACUACGUCUUCCUCCACCGACCCGACCCGAGAGGGCACCCAAAUUACUACCGUAUCCAUAAACACACACUACCCGAGAGCAUCGGGGUCCAGGAUAUCGAAUUCCAGUGGCUCGAGACGAUGCACGUCCCCAAUCAUGGCAUCAAGAAGCUGGGCGAUGACAUUCGAGCCGCGCUGAUAGUCCGCCAAAACAAACUCAAUCUCGUGAAGAAGCUCGCUCGAGACGCCGAGGAAGCCCACGCGGUCGAAACCGAGGAUGAGGAGCGACGAGUCCGCAUCACCAACGUCUCGAGUGGAAACCGGGGCCACACAAUCGAUAUCGAAUGGGAAGAUGGAUCCACGGGGACGGCUGACAUCACGGAUGACGGUUUGGUCCAGGAUGCUAUUGUUCAUGAACCUAGAAUGGCGAGCGAUAUCCCGGCUCCCGUACGAUACAACGUCGGUAGAGCGGUCAGGUGUGAUCUCAGGUCGGCAACGGCUGACAAGAUGAUCGAGCGAUUACUCAGGAUAGGAUGGGCUUAAUGGACUUCUUCAAGCUUGGAGAUACUGUUGCCCGCUACGGUGUCAGUCUCGAUAGCUCUAGUCUUUGAAGUAGAAGGGGCGACUCACUUGUCGGCACGAUGAAUGCGCAGUCGUUCAAUUCAAGACGCUUCCCAACGGGAAUGGUAAUACCACGUGCCACACCCUUCGGAGUCUGCUGCAGUAUUACCCGACUGAGGUUCCAG